AUGUUUCGAACGCAACCUCGAUUAUAUAAACUUAUUCAGACAAGGUUAAAACCUGAUUCGGACAAAGAGAAAAUAGAUAAGAGUAUCUGGGAUCUCUUUGGUGAAGAAUGGAGCAUUAUGUUUACUGAUUUAUCAGGUUUUUCCAGCUCCGUAGCUGAGUCUGGCAUUAUACAUUUUCUGCAAAGAAUCUACGAGUCAGAAAGACUGUUAAGUCCUGUCAUAGAAGACAAUGAUGGGCUUUUACUCAAAGUUGAAGGUGAUAGUAUGUUGAUUAUAUUUAGAAAUGUAGAUAAGGCGGUUAAUUGUGCUCUGGAAAUGCAACGAAAAUUAUCACCGUACAAUAAAGCGAAAGCAGAUGAGGACAAAGUUCUACUCUGUCUUGGCUUAGGUUAUGGAAAAGUUUUAAAAAUUGGCAAUGAGAAUGUAUAUGGACCUGAAGUUAAUUUAGCCAGUAAACUGGGAGAAGAUACCGCAAAAGCCGGAGAAAUACUGUUAACUCAAGCUGUUAAAGACAAAAUUAGCAAUAAAGAUUUUAAAUUUAGAGAAAUUGAUGAAGUUUUCAAAGGCU